AUGGACGACAGCAUGUACAACGCCAUCCUCCUGGCGCUGCUGGCCGUGUCCAUCCUGACGUUCCUUCAUCUGGUGGGCUCCCGUCGUCGUCGCCUGCCGCCGGGGCCGAGCACGCUGCCGGUGAUCGGGAGCGUGCACCACGUGGUGAACACGCUGGUGCACCGCAGACUGCGUGACCUGGCUGCCGUGCACGGCCCCAUCAUGAUGCUCAGGAUCGGGGCGAUGCCGCUGGUGGUGGUCACCUCGCGGGAGCUGGCGCGCGAGGUGCUCAAGGUGCAGGACCCCAACUUCGCGAACCGGCCGCGGCUGCUGGUGGGCGGCAUCUGCGGCUACGGCUGGGCCGACAUCAUCUUCGCGCCCACCAGCGACUACUGGCGCAAGAUCCGGAAGCUGUGCAUCCAGGAGGUGCUCAGCCCCAAGCGGAUCCGCUCCUUCCAGUGCAUCAGCGAGGAGGAGGUGGCGCGGCAGGUGGACGCCAUCCGCGCCGCCGCCGCCGCCGGCGCGCCGCCGCACCAUCUUGAGGUCGUCGUUCGGGGAGGUGCGCCCCGACAUGCCGUGUUCCAGGACGCCAUCAAGCGCGUCAUCGGCCUGUCCAGCGGCUUCAACGUGCCGGACCUGUUCCUCACCGGGAUGAAGCGCAAGCUCCGGGAGAUACACCGCACCUUCGACGCCAUACUCGUCGACAUCAUCGACAAGAGGCGCCGGGAGCGCGCCCAGAUGGUGGCCGCCGGGAAGGAGGUCGUCGACGAGAACGUCGUCGACGUCAUGCUCACGCUGCAGAAGAACGACGACGCAUGGGACUUCCCUGUCACGGACAACACCAUCAAAGCUGUCGUCUUGGAUAUGUUCGCCGGCGGCACGGGCACGUCCGGCUCGUCGACGGAGUGGGUCAUGUCGGAGAUCGUCCGCAACCCGCGGGAGGCGAUCCGGCUGCACCCGGCGGCGCCGCUGCUGGUGCCCAGGGAGAGCAUCGACACGGCGGAGUUCGGCGGCUACGUGGUGCCGGGCGGCUCGCGGAUCGUGGUCAACGCGUGGGCGAUCUCGCGGGACCCGCGCUACUGGAAGGACCCCGAGGAGUUCAGGCCGGAGCGGUUCGCCGAGGACGGCGCCGUCGACUUCUACGGCCUCCACUUCGAGUUCACGCCGUUCGGGGCCGGCCGCCGGAUGUGCCCUGGCUACAACUACGGGCUCGCCGGCAUGGAGCUGUCGCUGCUGCAGCUCAUGUACCACUUCGACUGGAGGCUUCCCCCCGGCGUCGACGAGCUCGACAUGGAGGAGGCCAUGGGGCUCGGCGUGCGGAGGAAGAACUCUCUCAUGCUCUGUGCUAUUCCCUACGUCCCUGAGCCGGCGAUGCCCGUGGGCUAG